AUGCCACCUCGCAGUAAAAACACUGGGAACACUCCCAACAACUCUGGCAAUGGUAGGAAUCAGCAAGAUGUGAACCGAGACUGUAGGCACAACCAAGGCCAGCCACCAGAGAUGAUCCAGAUGAUGCAGACCUUGGUUGGAGUGGUCCAACAACAGGUCACUACUGGAGAUAACUUGGCUAGGAUGAUGGAGCAACGCCGAGGUAAUCAUGGUGGGAUGAUUGAAUUCAAGAGGUUGUCUCCUCCAACUUUUGAGGGGACUAUUGAGCCUAUGGAAGCAGAAAAAUGGAUCAUUGAGAUGGAGAAAGUAUUUAGAGUUCUUGAAUGCUCUGAGGGUGAGAAAGUGGCUUAUGCAGCUUAUAUGUUGCGUGGAGAUGCUUAUGACUGGUGGCGGCUAGAAGAAGAAAAACGUGGCCAAGAGACUGAGCCUUGGACUUGGGAGCUAUUUAAGUCUGUAUUCUAUGAGAAAUAUUUUCCUAAGAGCAUCCGCUUUCAGAAAGAAAAAGAGUUCAUCAAGCUGACACAAGGUAACAUGACAGUUGCUCAAUAUGAAGCAGAAUUUUCCAGGUUAGCCAAAUUUGCUCCGACAAUGGUGGCGGAUGAAGAAGCUAAGGCUCGAAGGUUUGAAGAUGGAUUAAGGUUUCGAAUUAAGCAAGGAGUUGUGCCCUUUGAGUUGACUACCUUUAGGGCGGUGGUGAGUAAGGCUUUACUAGUGGAGAUGGGGCUUAAUGAGGCUCAAACAGAUAGAGAUAAUAGCCAGAAGAAGAGGCCUAGGCAAGGAGAGCAAAGCUCCAGCUUUCAAGCCAAGAAACAAGGAACACAACGUGCUGAUACCAAGGCGCUGCCAAAGUGCUCUCGAUGUGGUAGGCCUCAUGCAGAUAAGGAUUGCCACUGGAAUACUGGAGCAUGUUUCUCAUGUGGACAAAGGGGUCACAGGAUUGCUGAGUGUCCCCAACGGAAGGAGGUUCAGACCACCCCAAGACCAACAACAGGACAGAAACAGGGAGCAAGCCAAAAACCCAAGAUCCAAGGAAGAGUUUAUGCACUCACUCAACAAGAUGCUAAUAUUUCUAAUGCUGUGGUAACAGGUAUUAUUCCGGUUUCCACAACUUAUGCUUAUGCAUUGUUUGAUCCUGGUGCCACUCACUCCUUUAUAUCUUCUAAUUUUGCAAAGAAACAUAAUUUUAAAUUUGAGCCUAUGGAGUCUGAAUUAUGUGUGGAUACCCCAGUUGGGGGUGUAGUAGUCACUGAUAGUGUUUGCAAGUCUUGUGUUGUCAAAAUAGCAGAUAGAGAAUUACUAGCAAAUUUAACACUGCUGGAGAUGCGGGAUUUUGACAUGAUCUUUGGGAUGGAUUGGUUGGCUGCACAUUAUGCCAUGGUUGAUUGUCAUAGGAAGAAGGUAAUUUUCCAAGUACCUGGCGAGAUUGAGUUCUGUUUUGUGGGAAGUGGGGCAUAUACUUCUCCACGAGUGAUUUCAGCUUUACAAGCUAGACGUAUGAUGAAGAAAGGGUGUAAAGGAUAUCUGGCCACUGUGAGAGACACACAACAAGGUGAAUUGAAGCUGGAGGACAUUCCUAUAGUGAGAGAGUUCCCAGAUGUGUUUCCAGAAGACUUGUUAGAGUUACCACCAGAUAGGGAGAUAGAGUUUUCUAUUGACCUAUUACCAGGUUCUAGCCCAAUUUCUAAAGCCCCAUACCGGAUGGCACCUGCUGAGUUAAGGGAAUUAAAAGCACAGUUGCAAGAGUUGCUUGACAAAGGCUUCAUCAGGCCUAGUGUAUCCCCUUGGGGUGCACCUGUGUUGUUUGUAAAGAAAAAGGAUGGGAGCAUGAGGCUCUGCAUUGAUUAUAGGGAGCUGAAUAAGGUGACAGUGCGAAAUAAGUACCCUUUACCAAGGAUAGAGGAUUUGUUUGAUCAACUCCAAGGAGCGCAGGUUUUCUCUAAGAUUGACCUUCGUUCCGGUUACCAUCAAUUGAAGAUUAAGACUGUUGAUGUGCCCAAGACAGCCUUCCGUACAAGAUAUGGUCAUUAUGAAUUUUUGGUGAUGCCUUUUGGCUUAACCAAUGCACCGGCAGCCUUUAUGGACUUGAUGAAUAGGGUGUUCAAACCCUUCUUAGAUAAAUUUGUUGUAGUAUUUAUUGAUGAUAUCUUGAUAUAUUCCAAGAGUGUGGAGGAGCAUGAGAAUCACUUGAGGCUUGUACUGCAACUAUUGCAGGAGAGGAAGUUGUAUGCAAAGCUUAAAAAAUGUGAAUUUUGGCUAGACAGUGUUGCAUUCCUUGGGCAUGUUGUAUCUAAAGAUGGGAUUGCUGUUGACCCUAAGAAAGUGGAAGCAGUAGUUGAAUGGAAUAGACCGAAUAGUGUGACAGAGAUUCGUAGCUUUUUGGGACUGGCUGGUUAUUACAGGAGGUUUGUUGAAGGAUUUUCUCACUUAGCCAUGCCUUUGACUCGCUUGACCCAAAAGGGAGCUAAGUUUGAGUGGACCAAAAACUGUGAAGAAAGCUUCCAGGAAUUAAAGAGAAGGUUAGUGUCAGCACCCAUUCUCACCAUACCUUCAGGUAGUGGAGGCUUCACCAUUUAUAGUGAUGCCUCUAGGAAAGGCUUGGGGUGUGUUCUUAUGCAGCAUGGGAAGGUAGUGGCUUAUGCCUCUAGACAGUUGAAGCCUUAUGAGCAAAAUUAUCCCACACAUGACUUGGAGUUAGCUGCGGUGGUUUUUGCUCUAAAAAUUUGGAGGCACUAUUUGUAUGGAGAACAGUGUGAGAUAUUCACUGACCACAAGAGCCUCAAGUACCUCUUUACUCAAAAAGAGUUGAAUAUGAGACAAAGAAGGUGGUUGGAGCUAUUAAAGGACUAUGACCUGACUAUUAGUUACCAUCCUGGAAAAGCCAAUGUGGUAGCUGAUGCCUUAAGUAGGAAGUCUGCAGGAAAUUUGGCAGCAUUCUGUGAUACAUCAGUAACUCUAGCUGCAUAUGAAUCAGCUGCUAUCCUCAACAACUACAACUGUAUCCUUAACACCCAUAAUAGCCUUGAGGGGCCUAUACCGCAUGGAAAACAAUUUGACACAUUUCAGAAUGUUUCAUAUGAGGGUAAUUCAGAACUAUGUGCAAAGCCAUUGUCGAAUAAAUGUGAAAAUUUUGACUCUUCCCUGCAUCCACCUUCAACCUUCAAGGAGUAUCAAGACUCAAAUUCUGCAUUUGAAUUUGAUUGGAAAGUUUUUGUGAUGGGAUAUGCAUGCGAACUGGUGGUAGGAGUUUUUAUCGGACAAAUUGUGGGCGAGCACGCACUUAUUUUCUUCUUUUGA